CUACGGUUCCCGGACGGCUUAGUACCGCAUCAGUAUUCGAGUGAAUCGCAACAAUCUUCCAUUGUGAACUAAAGUGCCAACCGUAGUGAAGUUCAGAUACCGAAAAUUGAAACGCAGACUGAACCAUCCGCGGAGAUAAGAACACGGUACAAUUUUGUGCCGAGUGCACAGUUUAGUUGGGGCAAGCUGACGGGAAAAUAAUUAGUUUAUUAUCAUCAACGGCUCACGUGUUCGUUAAACCGCACCAGUAAAAAUUAUGCAUUCUGCUUUCAAAAAUGCCGGUACCAGCAAGGGCUUGGAGGUGUGGAGAAUUGAGAACUUUGAACCAGUUCCAGUGCCAAAGAAAACGUACGGGAAAUUCUACACCGGAGAUUCCUACAUCGUUCUGAAUACGAAGCAAACAAAAAAUGGCAUCUUCUCGUGGGAUGUCCACUUCUGGCUCGGCCUAGAAACUAGCCAAGACGAGGCAGGAUCCGCCGCUAUCCUCAGCGUACAGCUAGACGACAGACACAACGGGGCACCGGUGCAGCACCGCGAGGUUCAAGAUCACGAAUCCAGUCUGUUUCUCAGCUACUUCCCGGGAGGGGUUCGCUAUGCCGAGGGAGGUGUCAAAAGUGGUUUCAACGAGGUGGAAACCAAUGCAGCGGGCGAAAAACGGCUGUUCCACGUGAAAGGUUCCAAGAACGUCCGUGUGCGCCAGGUCGCGCUCGGAAUCGCGUCCAUGAACAAAGGCGACUGCUUCAUUUUGGAUGCGGGCAACGCAAUUUACGUCUAUGUGGGACCAAGGUCCAAACGGGUGGAAAAGAUAAAAGCUAUUAGCGCUGCCAGUCAGAUCCGUGAUCAAGACCAUGCCGGUCGGGCUAACGUCUAUAUACUUGAUGAAUUCGCAAGCGCAGGAGACCAGCAGGAAUUUUUCGAUGUUCUUGGCGAAGGAUCUCCAGACGAGGUUGCGGACGAAUCAGAAAGCGAUGAUACUUAUGAGGAAAAUCUGACGACGGCCAUAACCUUGUACAGGGUCUCCGAUGCUGGCGGUAGCCUCGAAAUUAUUCCGGUUGGUGAGCGACCUCUGAAACAAAGCAUGUUAGAUUCAGAUCAGGAUUGCUUCAUACUGGACACUGGAUCAUCGGGAAUAUUUGUAUGGGUCGGUAAAGGCGCAACUUCACAAGAAAGAGCACAGUCUAUGAUCAAAGCUCAGGAGUUUAUUUCUAGUAAAGGUUAUCCGGUUCACACCCAGGUACAUCGGGUUAUUGAGAAUGGAGAGAGAACUGAUUUCAAACAGUACUUUGCCAGUUGGAAGGAUAAAGGUGUUGUCCACAGUCAUCUCAUUAAAGCGGCAAUGGACGACGACAGCUCGGAAGCUGGGGAGGAAAAAGAGUUUGAUCCGGAGAUUCUUCAUAUGUUCAAAAAGAACGGUGGCCGGGCUCUGGGAUUCAUGCCAGACAAUGGUCAAGGAGAGGCAGAAAUUUGGCGUGUUGAGAACUUCGAAUUGGUUCCCGCGGAUCCGCAAGCUUAUGGAAUGUUCUUUGGCGGUGAUUCGUACGUUAUUAAAUACGAGUAUCGUAAUAAGAGAGGAGGUCAUGGAUUCAUCAUUUACUUCUGGCAAGGCAAAGAGUCCAGCACCGAUGAGAAAGCGUCCGCUGCUCUGCAUGCUGUUCGCCUUGAUAACGAGUUGAACGGCAAAGCGGUUCAGGUGCGUGUGACUCAAGGAAACGAACCUCGGCAUUUCUUGAAGAUCUUCAAGGGUAAACUAAUCAAUUUCACUGGAGGGCAUGCAUCAGGUUUCCGAAAUAUCCACGACCACGAUAGCUACGAUGUGGACGGAACUCGUUUGUUCCGAAUCAGAGGAACUUGCUCCGAAGACAUUCGGGCUGAACAGCUCCCGGAAACAGCAAGCUCUCUUGCCUCGGACGAUGUAUUCAUUCUUGAAACUCCAUCCGCUACUUAUAUCUGGCACGGAGUAGGAGCUUCCAAUCUCGAGAAGGAGAUGGCAGCAAACAUUGUAAAAAUCGUCUCUCCGGAUGCGGUACCAGAAAUCAUAAACGAAGGCUCUGAGCCAGACGCAUUCUGGGAUGCUCUGGGCGGCAAAGCGGAUUACGACCAUGAACUGGAUCCAGCUGGUGCACCAUUCUUAAAUCCACGUCUGUUCCACUGCCGAAUUCUGUUCAACAAGCGUCUACGCGUGGAAGAAGUGCCUCACUUUGAACAGGAUGAUCUCAACGUGGAUGACGUUAUGGUUCUUGAUGGCGGCGACGAAAUCUAUGUCUGGAUUGGCAACGGAGCUACCGACGAAGAGAGGGCUAAAUCGAUUGACAUGGCCAAGCAGUACAUCCGUACGGAUCCAUCCGAGCGUAACGAGGAUACGGUACCGAUUGUGAUCCUGAAGCAGGGUGACGAACCACGUAGCUUCAAACGUCUGUUCCCCUCGUGGGACGAUAGUCACUGGGAGUCGCAGUCAUCGUACGAGACUAUUAGACAGAAGAUAAUGGACCUAAAUGAACCACGUUUAUAAUACGAACAAACGAAUCUUGUCGCGCAAACUUAAUUCACCAUAUUUGAUGCAAGUAUUUUCGGAUCGUUUUAUGACUACUAAUAUACAAAUGUUUUAAGUAAAACAUCUCAAUGGCGAAACAA